AUGACUGAGGCCUUCUGCGGGGCGGAUAAGGAGAGCGAGGGAGGCCCAGGCUCCCGCGUAGGCCGCGGUGCCCGGGCCCAGGGCCUCCCUCAGAGGGCGGCUCCUCAGGAAGGCGACCCGGAAAGGCCCCCAGCGGGCCAGGAAGGUGGUGGUGGGAUGGCUCUGUGGCCGCUCCGUGUCUACAGUCACAAGAAGCGGGUGGGCCAGAGGCUCAACCUCACCCCGGCGCUAGACCACGGCCUCCGGGCUAAGACCGACGCCCCACUAGGCCCAGGCCCCUGGCGGGCUCCGCGCUGCUUGGAGGACAACGUCCAAGGGGGCGGCCUGCCCAAGAUCGCGGAGAAAGAGGAGCAGAGCAGGCCCGGAGCAGGUGGCCGGUCUGCGGGGCCAAGCACUCAGUUACAAGCUACAGGCGAAGAUAACCCCAAAGAAAAUAGCAUGCGAGAAGAGACCCCAAAUGAGAUGAUCAUGCCACUGAGUGAAUCAGUGACUGAUGACUUCCAGGUUAACAGUAGUUCAUCAAGUUGUGAUCUAGUGUCAGGACAAAGUUUGCUACAUGAUGAUACUCCCAGUUCUGUCCUGAGCUGUGUAGUCACAGAUACAGAAUACAGGAGCAAUACUGAAGAGAGCAUAAGUAGCUUAUCAUCACCUGAACAGUUUAGAAGAUCUGAUUCUUUGGAAUGGGAAUGUCCCAAGUCAAAAGAACAUAUGCAAUACAAGAAUUCCACUCUUCUGGACAUCAGUAAAGCAGUAGCCAUAGAGAAUGUAACACAGUUUUCAAACUUCUCUGCAAUUUUGGGUACCUCUUCAGAAAACUCUCAGAAAGGCCAUAGAAAAAUAUUGAUGACAUUAGCAGAUCAAAAUAUUUCUCCAAAUUCAAAGUAUACUUCAAAGCCAGGAUCAGAUAAUGCAGCUUGUGAGGUUUUACUUGCUGAGAAAUCUUGCCUUUCAACCCUUGAAAAAACAAAGCAAAAAAAAACAAAUCCUGUUAUUCCUGAUGAGAAAAACAGAUGCCUAUUGACAAGUACUCCAUCUUCAACAAAAGCUGAUUUUGUGGUCGAUUUGUCCUCAGUGCAAAAAGCAACUUUUGAAGAACUGUUUCCAAAUGUCAGCAAUUAUGUUAAUUCAAAUGAAAUAACUCCUGUAUCAGGUUCACAAGAAAAUUCAAAUGAGUUUCCUUUAGAUGCAUCAGAAAUUUGUUGUAUUAUUAAAGCAUCACCAGGAACAAGACAAGUUAAAAGUAAAGGUGUUAUUGUAAAGAAGAAGAAAUAUUCCCCUCCUAAGGAUGUUCCUCAAGAUAUUAUAAUGGAAACAAAUGGCAGGAUUUAACAGCUGUGUCUGAAUUUGAAUUUUCACUUCUUUGAAGAUAUGAAGUCAGUCUGUACAAGCAGAAUGCCUGCCUGAAAUUACAUGAAAUGAAGAAUUAAAAUUUUCC